AUGACUCCCCUGCACGUCCUGGUGGUGAUGGGUGUCCUAGGAGGUGCUAUGGGUGCUCCGCCCCUCCCACCACACACUCUGGAGGAGGCCUCUCACCGGAUGGACAUGAUCCUGAACAACACCCGGUCCAGGGAGAACUACAUCCGGUGCUUUAUGGACAGAGGGAUCUGCAACAAGGAUGCGUCCAGUAUAAAACGUAUCCUGUCAGACGCGUUGGUUACCAACUGCUCCAACUGCACCGACAUUCAACGUCUUGGCGUGGACAAGCUCUUCCAUUACCUCCAAUCCCACCAGCCUGAUACGUGGAUAUCUCUGAUGGAGAAAUACAAAGGAGGAUCUAACGGGAAGAUGGGGAAGAAACAUCAUGAUGACGACGAUGAUGAUGAUGACGAUGACGACGAUGGGAAGAACGGAAAGAAUAACAAAGACAAACAUGGUAAGGGAAAGACUCAAACAGCUGACCAAUCUGGAGUAGGAAAUGGGAAGAAUCAGGCAGCCAACCCCCCUGUAGUAGGAGGGGGGAAGAAUCAGGCAGCCAACCCCCCUGGAGUAGGAGGGGGGAAGAAUCAGGCAGCCAACCUCCCUGGAGUAGGAGGAGGGAAGAAUCAGGCAGCCAACCCCCCUGGAGUAGGAGGGGGGAAGAAUCAGGCAGCCAACCUCCCUGGAGUAGGAGGAGGGAAGAAUCAGGCAGCCAACCCCCUUGGAGUAGGAGGGGGGAAGAAUCAGGCAUCCAACCCCCCUGAAGUUGGGGGAGGAAAGAAUCAAGCCACAAAACCUCCAGAAAAAGGAGGGAAAGUCAAUGGAACUGCACCCAACUCUCCUGACAUACAUAUAAUUUUCUGA